UUGGCUGAUGAAAUUGCCUUUAGGAUUUAUUAAUUGAUUCUUAUGAUUUUAAAAUCUUUUCGUGAAAGGUUAUUCUUAUGACAUGCCGACCGUAGACGUUAAGCGAGACUUGCUAUUCAAGGCCAUUGGAAAGGUGUAUACUGAUGAAGAGUUUGAAGAACUGUGCUUUGACUUUGGACUUGAACUGGAUGAAGUGGUUGAGGGGGAAGAGGAAGGUGAUGAAGGAGUUAUCUACAAAAUUGAAAUCCCAGCCAACAGAUAUGACCUUCUAUGUCUGGAAGGAAUCUCUAGAGGAAUUCAAGUUUUUCUUGGAAAGAUAAAGGCACCUAGAUACAAAGCUGUGAAACCCAGUGGUGCUUUGCAGAGGUUGAAAAUCUCAAAAAAUACAGCUCUUGUCAGACCUCACUGUGUUGCUGCUCUCAUAAGAAAUAUUACUUUCACUCAGGAAAGUUAUAACAGCUUCAUUGACCUUCAAGAUAAACUCCACCACAAUCUUUGCCGGCGUAGAAGUCUUGUUGCCAUAGGAACUCAUGAUUUUGACACCCUGCAAGGACCAUUUUUGUAUGAUGCCCUUCCUCCUCAAGAAAUCAAAUUUAUACCUCUUAAUCAGACUAAAGAAUUUACUGCUGUUGAAUUGAUGGACCUGUAUAAGGGCGAAAGCCACUUAAAACAGUACCUGUCAAUCAUCAGGGACAAACCAGUUUAUCCUGUUAUAUUUGAUGCCAAAAGUGUUGUGCUGUCAAUGCCACCAAUUAUUAAUGGUGAACAUUCCAAAAUAACACUCAACACAAGAAAUGUCUUCAUUGAAAGUACAGCUACAGACCUUCACAAGGCCAAAAUAGUCCUGGAUACACUUGUGACAAUGUUUAGUGUCUACUGUGAUGAACCCUUCAUGGUGGAGUCUGUUGAAGUUGAGCAGUCAGAUGGUUCAGUACUUGUUUAUCCAGAACUUAAAUAUCGCCAUGAAGUGGUUAGUGUAGAGCAGAUCAACAAGAAAAUUGGAAUCAAGGAAUCUCCAGAGAGAGUUGCAGAAUUGUUGACAAGAAUGUGCCUUCAAAGUGAAGUUACCGAGGGUGGAAAAAAUGUCACAGUUGAAAUUCCUCCAACAAGAGCAGACAUGAUCCAUGAGUGUGAUAUCAUUGAAGAUGUGGCCAUUUCUCAUGGAUUUAACAACGUUGUAAAGAGAAUACCUCCGACCAAUACUAUUGCUAAUCAGUUCAAGCUGAACACGCUUUGUGAUCUGCUGAGACAAGAAAUAGCCCAAGCAGGGUUCACGGAAGUUUUAACCUUCGCUUUGUGUUCCCGCGAUGAUGUCUCGGAGAAACUUAAAAAGCCUUUGUCAUCUUCCAAGGCUGUUCACAUCGCAAAUCCAAAAACACUGGAAUUCCAGGUCGCAAGAACAACACUUAUGCCCGGUAUCCUAAAGACCAUUAGCUGUAACAAGAAGAUGCCACUCCCAAUGAAACUGUUUGAAAUUUCAGACGUGGUACACAGUGAUGAUCAGAAAGAUGUUGGUGCUCGAAAUCACCGUCGCUUCUGUGCCGCGAAUUACAACAAGACGCCGGGAUUUGAGGUCAUUCAUGGUUUGUUAGACCGCACCAUGCAGCUUCUCGAAGUACCUUACGCAGAGGAUAAAACAUCACCACAUGGAUAUUAUCUAAAGGCUCAUGAAGAUGAGACUUUCUUUCCUGGUCGAUGUGCGCAGGUGAUUGUGAACGGAAAGCCCAUUGGCAUCAUGGGUGUAUUACACCCUGAGGUUGUCAGCAACUUUGAGUUGAAUUUGCCAUGCGCAGUGCUGGAACUGGACGUGGAAGAGUUCCUUUGAGGGAAUCAGUAGCUCCUGAAAUUCAAACCUGAAGUUUUCAAUAUUUAACUGCAAAGAAAAAUGAAUUUAAGAAAUGUUUCUGAAGUCAGCGAAUUGCACAAAUGCUUGUUGCAUACAAAGUAUGCUAUAACACUUGACUUUGCACGACCCUGGCGAUAAAGCUUUUGCAACUGAGUAAUACGCGCUGUGUGAUCUUUCGUUUCCUUUAAUCUCACCAUAAUGGCGCGCAGUUUGAAAGUUUUGCUAAAUUUUUUCACAUGUUAAGAAAGUGAAGGUUUCGAAGGAAGCCUAGCAGAAAAAACAAGAAAUGAACUAGAAUACCUAAAAAUACCUAAAUUGGAACAAAUUGGAAUUCUCGUUAUGUUGCUUUGUUUGUUCUUUCAUUAAUUUUACUUAAACGAUAGUUUUUCAUUUGCCCCUUUGCUUGCUCAGUAAGUUACAAGUUACAAGCAAUUGACAGAGACUCGCUUAUGUCGUCCGUGCCUCUGGUUAGUUCUUAUCAUUUUUACGUCUUCUGUGUCUCUCGCUUGUUAAUAGAAAAAUAGAAUCUAUUUGUGAAAUAGAUUCGGCUGUAUGUGCACGUUACUUUUCAAGACCUAAAGGUAACAAUUUUUAAGCGAACGAUUAGUAUUCAAAUCCAUAAAUUCCAAGAUAGUUUAAACAGGCCCGGUGUGUUUUAAUAACAAGGCCCUGAGGAAUGUCAGGUCUUUUCUUAGAUCAGCAAAUUCCAUGUCUGGUUCCUACAUCGCUCUGUUGUAUCACUGGUCUGUACAUUUUAUGCCUCCGUUGUGCUGACUACCUUACAAAAACUAAUCCUAAAGGGGACUAUAGAAGACCCAAAUUUUGUUUGUGUUCAUGAAAGAGAGGAGAUCUAGACGGACUUUUUUUUCAGGCAUAAUAAACAACUGUAAACAACUUAACGUGCCGAUAAAUUUUUCGCCAAAGUAGCUGUUUGUGGUGUAUAUAGAUGUCGUGAGUGUGAAAAUGAACUGCAAUUUUCAGUGUUGGAUUAUAAGAAUGAAAAUAAACAAGGUUACUCGUG